UACUAUCAUAACUAGCCUAGCUAGUGAAAUUUUUCCGAGCCGACUCACACAGCCCGAUGCCAACUCCUUGUGUAGCAUCGACUCCGUUCUGUCGUCUCCAAACCGGGUAAACAUAAGACUACAAAUUACAAGGCCCUGACUUUCCCAGCAUCUGGAAUCCACACACUGUGCAGCAUGACGAACCCAAUCAAUGCAGAAGCGCUCGCAGCGUGGGAGGACAAUGCCAGCUUCUGGGACCAGGGAAUGGGCGAUGAAGGCAACGAUUAUUACAGAGUCGUAGAGCUCCCCGCCCUCGAGCGCAUGGCAGCUGUGAAACCUGGCGACAGGGCGUUGGACCUUGCGACAGGAAAUGGGCUUGUCGCGCGCUGGCUGGCGUCCGAGGGUGCUCGCGUUAUUGCGACAGACGGCAGCAGGGCCAUGACCGAUCAUGCGAGACGCAGAGGCGUGUAUACUAAUGGAGAAAAUAUCAACUCAAUAUCUUACCAGGUUUUGGAUGCAACAAGAACGGAAGACUUUGAGAAAUUCAUAGCGAGGGAGAUAGCGGAAGAGGGUCCAUUCGAUAUCGUCAUAAUGAAUAUGGCCAUCAUGGAUAUCCCUACCCUUGAACCAUUAGCAGCUGCUCUACCAAAGCUACUAAAACAAAACACUGGACGAUUUGUUGCGACGCUCCUCCAUCCCUUCAUAACGGCCGGAUCCACGCGUGUGAUCGAGUACGCGGAUAGCCGGGAAACAGGACGGGAGGAGGAGCAUAUCAGCCUUAAGAUAACCAGAUAUCUCCAUGCCCCGGAGCCCAUCAAGGCAGAAGCGCUGAAGGGCCAACCUUCUUAUCAGUACACUUUCCACCGCCCCAUGCACGAGAUUUUAUCCCCUUUUCUCCGCGCUGGAUUAGUCCUCGAUGCAUUUGAGGAACCGAAUUUCGAUGCGGAAUACAACGCCAGCCAGAAGCUUGAUCCAAGAUCUUUGCGGUAUGUCACCGAAAUUCCCAAAAUCCUCGCAUUCAGGAUGAGGGCCAUUGGUCAGUGACCAUUGACGACGCUCUCCUCGUAUAUCGUCAUGUUUCAUGAAAUAAACGGAAGCCAAACAAGGUCCUACUAGUGGUGGCUCUGGGGUUUCCAAAGUGGUGGGCCAAAGUAUGUUGGUUCUGUCAGCUGGUCCUAUUUUGAGUUUUCUAAUGUUGGGUAUUUUUGAGAGUCGAUGAAACACAGCCGGUCAUUUUAUGCUUUUGCCUUGCCUCCUGUCCUACAAGCCUAGACCAAAGAUGUUACAAAAGCCAGCUGAAACAAGAGUUUGCAGGCCUGUCAUAAUUCCAUAAUAAAUCUAUCAUAUUAGUUAAAGUUUGACUGAGUCAGAUCCUCUUCUCACCGUGGAUUACCUCUCAGCCUUCAAUCAUGUGCAUCAGCAAUUUUUUUGUUUACGCCUCAGGUGUCCCCA